AUGGGUAGAAAACAACCAAAAACAUUCGCGUUCGACCACUGUUUUUACUCCUUGGAUUCCACGCUGCCCAACUUUGCAUCUCAGAAGACAGUGUUCGAUUGUCUCGGCCGGGAUAUUCUCGACAACGCGUUCGACGGGUACAAUGCUUGCAUCUUCGCUUACGGACAGACAGGCUCAGGCAAAUCGUAUACCAUGAUGGGUUCGCCGGGGGCUGAGGGCGGCAUCAUACCGCGACUGUGCGAUGCGCUGUUCGAGAGGAUUGCUAAGCAGCAGUCGCCGCCUGCACUUACUUACAAGGUGGAGGUGUCGUACAUGGAGAUUUACAACGAGCGUGUGCACGACCUAUUGGACCCCGAGACAACGCGGCGCUCGCUCCGUGUACGCGAGCAUGCCGUCCUUGGUCCUUACGUUGAUGGCCUAUCGCAACUGGCCGUCACAUCUUUUCAGGACAUCGACAAUCUCAUGACGGAGGGCAACAAGUCGCGGACAGUCGCGGCUACGAAUAUGAACAGCGAGUCGUCUCGGUCACACGCCGUGUUCAGCGUGGUGCUGACGCAAACGCUCUGUGACGCAGCGACCGGAGUCACGGGAGAAAAAGUCGCGAGACUGUCGCUCGUUGACUUAGCCGGCUCUGAGAGGGCAGUGAAGACUGGUGCCGUCGGGGACAGGCUAAAGGAGGGGUCCAAUAUUAACAAGUCAUUAACAACACUGGGUCUGGUAAUUUCUAAGUUAGCAGACCAAUCUUCGGGGAAGAGCAACAAGGAUAAGUUCGUCCCGUACAGAGACUCUGUGUUAACCUGGCUCUUGAAGGACAACCUUGGCGGCAAUAGUAAAACAGUUAUGGUGGCGACGGUGUCGCCGGCGGCGGACAACUACGAGGAGACGCUGUCGACGCUGCGCUACGCCGACCGCGCCAAGCGCAUCGUGAACCACGCUGUCGUCAACGAGGAUCCCAACGCGCGCAUCAUCCGCGAGCUGCGCCAGGAGGUGGAGGCGCUCAAGGAGAUGCUCAAGCACGCCACCGGUUCACCUGUGGGCGAAGAUGUACACGAACAGUUGGCACAAAGCGAACAUCUAAUGAAAGAAAUGUCACGAACAUGGGAGGAGAAACUUGUCGAAACAGGUCGAAUACAGAGCGAAAGACAACAUGCGUUAGAAAAGAUGGGCAUUAGCGUACAAGCGAGCGGCAUCAAAGUAGAGAAGAAUAAGUACUACCUCGUCAACCUUAAUGCAGACCCAUCGCUGAAUGAACUGCUUGUGUAUUAUUUGAAGGAGCGCACGCUGGUGGGCGCGGACCGGUGCGCGGACAUCCAGCUGUCGGGGCUGGGCAUCCAGCCGCAGCAUUGCGAGCUGCGCCUGGAGGCGGGCGCGCUGCUCAUGCUGCCGCGGCCGCAAGCGCGCUGCUUCGUCAACGGCGCGCCCGUGGCUGCGCCCGUGCGCCUGGGCCACGCCGACCGCAUUCUCUGGGGCAACCACCACUUCUUCCGCGUCAACUGCCCCAAGGACACAGCCGCGGCCGCUUCCGAGCCCCAGACUCCUGCGCAGCCGAUCGACUACAACUUUGCGCGCGACGAGAUCAUGCUCAACGAGCUGAGCAAUGACCCCAUACAGACCGCUAUCUCUCGACUCGAAAGACAACACGAGGAGGACAAACAGGUUGCGCUGGAGAAACAGAGACAAGAGUACGAACGUCAGUUCCAACAGCUCAGAAAUAUUUUAUCCCCCUCAACCCCAUAUCCGCCGUAUUCUUAUGACCCAAUAAAAUUAGGCAAGCUGGCGGCGUGCACGCCGACGACGGCAGCGCGCGUGGAGCGCUGGGCGGCGGAGCGCGACGACACGUUCCGGCGCUCGCUGGGCCGCCUCAAGGCCGACAUCCUGCGCGCCAACGCGCUCGUGCAGGAGGCCAACUUCCUGGCCGAGGAGAUGCGCCGCAACACGCGCUUCAGCGUCACGCUGCAGAUCCCGCCGCAGAACCUUUCGCCCAACAGGAAGCGCGGCGCGUUCGUGUCGGAGCCGGCGAUCUUGGUGCGGCGCGCGGGGCGCGGCGGCCAAGUGUGGUCCAUGGAGAAGCUCGACAACAAGCUCGUCGACAUGCGCGACAUGUACGACGCCUGGCGCCGCCGACAGCAGCACGGCGAGGACCAGCUCGAGGAGGAGCCUGAGCAAUUACACGCAGAAUCACCUACGGAGCCCAGCGAAAAAGCUCUGGAUCCGUUCUAUGAGACGCAAGAGAAUCACAACUUGAUUGGCGUGGCGAACAUCUUCCUCGAGGCGCUGUUCCACGACGUCACCCUCGACUACCACACGCCCAUCAUCAGCCAGCAGGGCGAGGUGGCCGGACGUUUGCAGGUCGAAAUAAGUCGAGUUGCUGGACAGUUCCCGCAAGAUAGAAUAUGCGAAGCAGCCUCUGAUAGCUCCGGCGACAUGCGAGACGACGACGAGCCCGUCGACACUGCUUCGCAACAGGUGACGAUCCGCGUGGCCAUCAAGCAGGCGACGGGAUUGCCGCCGUCCCUGUCGCACUUCGUGUUCUGCCAGUACACGCUGUGGGGUGGCGGUGAGCCGGUGGUGGUGGCGCCGCUGGUGAGCGCGGACGCGCCCGUUGCGCCCGCGCCCUCGCCAGCCCCCGCCAGCCCCGCCGCGCCCGCCUCCCCCGCCUCCCCCACUUCCCCGCGCCAUACGUCCCACCUCACAGUGCGCUUCGACCACAAGCGGGACUUCAAGCUGCCGCUCACCGAGGAGUUCGUUGAGCACUGCGCCGAGGGUGCGCUGUCCAUCGAGGUGUGGGGGCACAGGUCGGCCGGGUUCAGCCGCGCGCGCGGCAACUGGGAGGUGGAGCAGCGCCAGCUGGCUAAAGCGCGCUCGCUCGCCGACCGCUGGGCCGAGCUCACGCGCAAGAUACAGCUCUGGGUCGAGAUACACGAGCUCAACGAUAACGGGGAGUACGCGCCCGUAGAGGUGACACAGCGCGCCGACAUGGUGACGGGCGGCGUGUACCAGCUGCGGCAGGGCCAGCAGCGCCGCGUGGCCGUGCGCGUGCGCCCCGCGCACAACUCCGGCACGCUGCCCCUCAUCUGCCAGCACAUGGUCAGCCUCGAGCUGGGCUCCGUCCGCGUCAGGGACGUGUACCAGCUGCGGCAGGGCCAGCAGCGCCGCGUGGCCGUGCGCGUGCGCCCCGCGCACAACUCCGGCACGCUGCCCAUCAUCUGCCAGCACAUUGUCAGCCUCGAGCUGGGCUUCGUCAGCGUCAGGUACGUGUACCAGCUGCGGCAGGGCCAGCAGCGCCGCGUGGCCGUGCGCGUGCGCCCCGCGCACAACUCCGGCACGCUGCCCAUCAUCUGCCAGCACAUUGUCAGCCUCGAGCUGGGCUCCGUCAGUGUCAGGUACGUGUACCAGCUGCGGCAGGGCCAGCAGCGCCGCGUGGCCGUGCGCGUGCGCCCCGCGCACAACUCCGGCACGCUGCCCAUCAUCUGCCAGCACAUUGUCAGCCUCGAGCUGGGCUUCGUCAGCGUCAGGUACGUGUACCAGCUGCGGCAGGGCCAGCAGCGCCGCGUGGCCGUGCGCGUGCGCCUCGCGCACAACUCCGGCACGCUGCCCAUCAUCUGCCAGCACAUUGUCAGCCUCGAGCUGGGCUUCGUCAGCGUCAGGUACGUGUACCAACUGCGGCAGGGCCAGCAGCGCCGCGUGGCCGUGCGCGUGCGCCCCGCGCACAACUCCGGCACGCUGCCUAUCAUCUGCCAGCACAUUGUCAGCCUCGAGCUGGGCUCCGUCAGCGUCAGGUACGUGUACCAGCUGCGGCAGGGCCAGCAGCGCCGCGUGGACGUGCGCGUGCGCCCCGCGCACAACUCCGGCACGCUGCCCAUCAUCUGCCAGCACAUUGUCAGCCUCGAGCUGGGCUCCGUCAGCGUCAGGUACGUGUACCAGCUGCGGCAGGGCCUGUUGUGCCUCGUGGCCGUGCGCGUGCGCCCCGCGCACAACUCCGGCACGCUGCCCAUCAUCUGCCAGCACAUUGUCAGCCUCGAGCUGGGCUCCGUAAGCGUCAGGUACGUGUACCAGCUGCGGCAGGGCCUGUUGCGCCGCGUGGCCGUGCGCGUGCGCCUCGCGCACAACACGCUGCUCACCAUCUGCCAGCACAUAGUCAACCUCGAGCUGGGCUCCGUCAGUGUCAGGUACGUGUACCAGCUGCGGCAGGACCAGCAGCGCCACGUGGCCGUGCGCGUGCGCCCCGCGCACAUCUCCGGCACGCUGCCCGUCAUCUCCCAGCAGAUCGUCAGCCUCAAGCUGGGCUCCUUCAGCGUUAGAUCGAGGCUUCAAAAGCCUUUGGACUCUUAUCAAGAAGAAGACCUGGCCGUGCUACGCGAAAGGUGGAGCGAAGCACUCGCACGCCGACGACAGCAUUUGCACGCUCAAUUACAGAAAUUGGUCAACAUGUCUCCAUCGAUGAAGACAGAACGUGAUGUGGAAAGGGAGCAGUCACUUGUGGAACAGUGGGUUUCACUCACAGAAGAAAGAAACGCGGUGCUGGUGCCCAGUCCUGGCAGUCCAAUACCAGGGGCUCCAGCCGCUUGGAACCCUCCUCCUGGCAUGGAGCAACACAUUCCUGUUCUAUUUCUGGAUUUAAAUGCGGACGACCUGAGCACGCACCCGUCGGGCGAGGAGGUGACGGUGGCGGGGCUGCACUCCAUCCUGCCCAAGGAGCAUGGCAACAAGUUCUACGAGCUGCACAUCCUGCACCACCACGACAAGGACGUGGCUGCCGUCGCCUCCUGGGACUCCUCCAUACACGACUCGCACUACCUCAACCGGGUCACCGAGCCAAACGAACGCGUGUACCUGAUACUUAAGACAACAGUGAGACUGUCGCACCCCGCACCAAUGGAUCUCAUACUCAGGAAACGAUUAGCGCUAAACAUUUACAAACGUCAGAGUCUUACUGAAAGGAUACGCAAGAGAAUUGUCCGAACGGAUCAGCUAACGCAAACGGGUGUGACAUAUGAAGUGGUGUCGAACAUUCCCAAAGCGUCCGAGGAGUUGGAGGAGCGCGAAAGCCUGGCGCAGAUAGCUGCCACCGGAGAGGAAGCCAGCGCUGCUGAUGGGGAGACGUACAUCGAAAAAUACACACGAGGCGUGAGCGCUGUAGAAAGUAUACUGUCAUUAGAUCGGCUUCGACAAAGCGUCGCUGUAAAGGAAUUGGAACAAGCUCGCGGCCAGCCGGUCACCAUGAGGAAGACCGCUUCAGUUCCCAACUUCUCACAGCUGACGCAGGCGCUCGAGAGCGGCGGCCGCGGCGCGAGCCACAUAAUGCGGCUGGACUCGUCGUUCGAGUCGCUGUCGGGGCUGGGCGGCGGGCGCUCGGGCAGCGUGGCCGACCUGGCGGACGCUGCGCCGCGCCGCGCCGCGCGCCACUCGUACGCGGCGCCGUCGCACGCGCACGUCGAUGCGGACCCCUGCACGCCGCCCAAACCCUUCGGCCUCGCUCGACCAACGUUCCUAAACUUGAAUUUGAACCUGAACUCACUGCGACUGCAGACGCCGAAUAAGUCGUCACCGGCGAGCGGCAAGCUAGCGUUGCGUAUGACGACGCUGCACGAGGAGCCCGGCCGCAGGAACGACGACGAUUCGCAUUCGGAGCCCGAGUCCGCGCCCACAGACGAACUCUCCACGCCGCGCUCACACCGCACACGAGUUCGCGGUGGUCCACGCGGCUUCCUGCCGACGUCCAAGACGCUGGAUUCAUUGCACGAGCUCGCUUGUGAACGCGCCCCCAACAAGAACUCUCCAUCUAUAUCUUCCAGUGGCUAUGGUUCCCAAGCGGUAUCAUCAACGAACCUCACAAUCGAUGAUACUUUGUCGAUCCGCAGCAUGUCGGUCGACGACACGCCCGACUUUGACAAAACGAUGGAGUACUCUCAGUUCACGCGAACCAAAUCAUCCGUUCUUGGCCUAAGAAACGAGAUCACCGAACUAAGGAACGACAUAACUGAAUUGAAGAAUGACAUAGUCGAGUCCAGGAAUGAACUAGACGAUUCGUCGUUUGAUAAAGCCAAAACGCCGGUGUUGACUCCUGGCUCCAGAAAUCGUGUCAAUCCUUUCCUAAGGGAUUGUGAGAACGCCGCUAGAGAAACCCAAGAUGGGCAGUUGCUGGAUCCCCUAGGGGCUUUACCGGUGGAGACUCAUACAAUUUCGACUAGUCCGACUAGCAAGGCGGCCGAAAAUGUUCACGUCAAUGGUGAUGCACAUGAUGCUUCCUUCGGCGAGGCGGAGGCUGAAGCGGAAGCGGUAGCGGAGGCGGAGGUGGGGUCGACAAGCUCCGAGCCGUCGAGCCGCGAAGGAAGCGGGGAGGCGUCGUCAGUCGGUGACAGUGAUUCUGCUGCUCCAGACGCGCCUGUUUCUACGCAUCUACCCGCCGGAAAGGUGGUGCGUAGGAGAGCGGGCGGCAGUGCGCGCAGCGCGGCGCGUGCGUCGUACCCGGCGGCGCGCCCGCGCUCCGCCGCCGAGUCGCACGCACACGCGCGCGCUCUGCCCGACACGCCCGCCUCCUCUACCGAGCGCAUCGGUGACGAAGAUUCAUCGGAGAGCGGCAAGUCGUUCUCGGCGCCGGAGUGGCUGGCGCUGGGCGAGAGCGUGCAGCUGCGGCUGAGCUCGGGCACGGGCGUCGUGGCGUACGUCGGCCCCACGCACUUCGCGCACGGACUCUGGGUCGGCGUGGAACUCGACGCGCCCAUUGGCAAGAACGACGGGUCGGUGGGCGGCACGCGGUACUUCACGUGCCGGGCGCGGCACGGCAUCUUCGUGCGGCCCGACAAGCUCGCGCACGACCGCCGCGGCCGCAGCGUGCGCGCCUUCCGCGAUGCAGAGCUGCGCCGCGCUGCCAGCAAGGGUGAAGGUCUACAAAAUCUACACAGAUCGAGGAGUCGCGGCGACAGCAUAAACGUUGUCGGCACUAAAACAAGGAGUAAAUAA